AUGAUGCUCAUUGCGGCAAUCUUCAUCCUUGUACUCGGCCUGAUGCUGGGCAACGCUGAAGCUAUCCACACUAUCGCUGGCGUCCCCAUGGCUAUGAUCCGCAACGUUUGCCUCGGCGUAUGGACCUGCUUCACAGCCCUUCUUUUCGCCAUCUCACUGUACAAUGCUAACGGCCAUGCCAUCUACGCUCUGGGGCACUUGGUCGCUAUCUUUGUCGUACUAGGUUUCUUCGCCUCGUACUUGCGCUUCGAGCCGACCUCUCUGCACGUCUGGGGCCCGCUCGCCGUAGACUUGGGUAUCGUCCUCAGCGUCGGCACCAGGGCUGCGUACACCGGUGCGGACCGUGGCAUUCUCCGAGAUCUCCUGGACUUCCUUCUCGGUUAUCCCCCGCAUCGCGGCGGUGAAGAUAACAGCGUCAACAACGGACAUGAACUCAAUACCCUGCUUCCCCAACCACGACAUGCUCCCCGCGGGGAGCAAAACGUAUAG